AUGGAUAAUUAUCAAGAUAUAAAAAAAGUAUUACAAACUAAAAUUCAUAGAAUUGAAAGGUAUAUGAAUUAUAAAGAUAUAAAUAAAUUCAUUGAAAAAAGAAAUAGAAUUAAAAAUGAAUUAGACAUUGACUUAACUGGUAAUAAUUUUAAAUUUGAUUAUAUUCAUUAUGAUGAAAAUAAUGAAAAUAUUACAAAUAAACUUAUUCAAGAAUCUAAUAAUAAUAACAACAGUGGCAAUAUAACAACAAAAACAGUAUUUGUUUGCCAAAUGGAUGAUACAGAACCUUUAAAUUUAAAUGUAAUUCAUAGUUUUAAACCAAAGAAUAUAGAAUUUGUAGGCUCAUAUAUAGUUUCAAAUUAUUCAACAAUUUUUAAACCAAAAUUAUCAUCAUUAUCAUCAUCAUCUUCUUUUUUUUCCUCUUCUUUUUCUUCUUCUUCUUCAAAAUCAACCUCUUUAUAUAAAAAUUCAAAUAGAAUUAAAUCAAUUGCAAUAGGUAAUAACCUUUUACAAUUUCAUCAUUUAAAAGAUAUAGAUUCAUCAUUACCAAAUUUAGUUUCUUUACAUAUACCAUUACCAUUUCAAAGUUUAUUUAGAGCAAUCAAUGAUUCAGUUGAUAAUUAUGAUAUAACCGAUGAUUCUUGCCUUUUAAAUGAAACCAAUCAACCAAUCAGUAGAACAAAACUAAUAAACCAUUGGUGCAAUAUGAUUAAAUCAUUACUAAAUUGUAAAUCAUUAAAGAAUCUAACAAUUGAUAGUUAUUGUUGUGAUUCAUGUGGUAAUUAUCAUGAGUUUUUUAAUAAUUUAGAUAAAGCUAAGGAUGACCCAAUUUCAAAUGGUAUUAAAUCAUUAUUAUCAAGUAAUACUCUUUAUUAUUUAAAUUUAUAUGAAGUACAUUUCAUUACAAAUAUUGAAGAUACAUUUUCACCAUUAAUUAAUACAAAAGAAUUAAAUAAUAAUAAUAAUAAUAAUAAUAAUAAUAAUAAUAAUAAUAAUAAUAAUAAUAAUAAUAAUAAUAAUAAUAAUAAUAAUAAUAAUAAUAAUAAUAAUAAUAAUAAUAAUAGUAAUAAUAAUAAUAAUGAUAAAGAGGUUGAUAAUAGUUCAAUUAAAGUAUUUACAUUAGAGAAUAAUUCAGAUUCACAAUAUCAUUCAGAGAAUGAUUUAUCAUUUAAUCAUUAUUAUAAUAUUAUUGAAUAUUUAUUAUCAAAUGUAAAUAAUAUUAGAAUUAGUAAUUUAAAUUUAAAAUUGGAAUUUAGUGAACAAUUAAAAUCAAAAUUAAUCAUAUUAAUAUUCAAUACAUUGAUUAAACAACAAAGUGAUUGUGACGAUAUCAUUAGAUUAAAUAGUAAUUUAUAUAGUAUUGGAUUAAUAAUAGAUGAAGAAGAUUUUGAAAAAGUUUUCAAUUAUAUUAAAUUACUAUCACUAUAUCAAAAAUUAAAUUCAAGACCAAUUGUGAAAGAGUUUUUUAUAACUAUAAAAUUUAAAAAUAAACGUUUCGCUUUUCAAGAAAUUUAUAAUUUAAAUCAAAGAAUAUAUAAUGAAUUUUAUAAAACAAAUAAAAAUAAUGAUAGAAUUAUUAUUACUAUUAAAUAA